ACACCCUCGACAUCACAGCCUCGCCAACCACUUCACGCAGUGCGUACAACAAGGGUCCGUACAACAAGGGACAAGGUCGGGUCAUGCCGACCAUCCCCCUAGACAUAAGGCAUACCAGUCUCGGGCGUCAGCCAGGAGAUAGAGUACGUCCCGCCACGAGUCUGGCACCGGUGUCCCUUCAUCUGCGCACUACCAACCUGGAAGAAGGCCACAGUUUCACAGGAGAUAACUCCCCAGCCGCAGCGGCGCUCGAGUUAGACCUUAACCCCCCACCCAAGGUGUCUGAGAAGCCCCGGCAUUCUGCUCCUCCUCUUCCUCUUCAUCUGUGUCCAUGUAAUAGCAGUCCAUCUCCAGAAGAGUCCGCAGUCCGCGGAAGUGUGCGGUCCGGCACAGGUCCUGCCACUACUGAAGGGAGAACCAAACCAGCGUGUCCUAACAAUCCCCAACCUGCGGCAGGGAACUGGCUGUUUUGUACUGGAAGACGCAAACCGUCUCGCUUCACCUUCCAUGGAGGAAUUGGAUCCUGCCCAGCUUUGUCCUGAAAACACGUGGUGCCAUCCAGGGAGGGAGAACACUGCCUCGCUGCACCUUCCACGUAGGAAUUGGAUCCUGCCUCGCAUCAACUCUGCCCUGACAACACGUGGUGCCAUUCAGGGAGGAAGAACACUGCCUCGCUUCACCUUCCACGGAGGAAUUGGACCCUGCCUCGCACUAGUUCUGCCCUGACAGCGUGUCAUCCAGGGAGGAAGGACACUGCCUGGCUUCAUCUAACCUAACAAAUAUAUGUUGCCAAUCCUUCUUGUAGUAAUGUUUGUUGUCAUCCAUGGAGGGACACUGCCUCGCUUCAUCUAACCUAGCCUAACAAAUAUAUGUUGCCAA